AUGCAUAAACAGACAAUAAAUAGUUUGAGGGUAAAAAAAAAAAUUUCGAAAAAUGGGAGAAAUAUAAUAAAAGAUAUAUUAUUAAUUACAAUCAUAGGGAUAAUAGUAAAAAUAUUUUGUAUACUAUAUACAAUAAUAUGUGGUAGACUUAUAAAUAAUUAUAAGUUUAGUUUGGAUUUAUUAUGUUUUGGAAAUGAGGGAAGUUUGUGGGAAUAUAUUAAAUAUUUUUCUUAUUGGGACGGAGAAUAUUUUUUAAAAUUAUCACUAAAUGAAACAGAAUAUAUAUAUGAACAUAAUCAUGCCUUUUUUCCAGCAUUACCCAUAAUUUUAAGAAUUAUACAAAAAUUAUUAAAAGAAUUGUUUCCAAAUAUUACUAACUCUUGUUCAAUUUAUAUUUUUUUAGCUAUAAUUACAAAUUCGCUUUUUUUCAUUAUUGGUACUAUUGGUAUUUAUUUAUUCCCACUAAUUUAUUUUCAAAAUGUGAAAAUAAAAGAGAGAGAGCAAGAUGACAAUAUAAAAAAAACGGAAAAAAAAAUUGAUGAAAAUUCAUUAUAUAAUACAUUAAAUAAUGAUACUUGUUAUUAUUUAUACCAUAUAAAUAGUUGGGAAGAAUGCAAACGUUUUAGUUUUUUUUUGUCUUUAUUAUAUAUGUUAAGUAUUGGGAAUAUCCACACAAUUUCUUUUUAUAAUGAAAGUAUUUUUAGCUGCUUUUCAAUAUGGGGAUUUAAUUUUUUAAAAUUAUCAUUAAAUAAUUACAAGUUCAAUUUUAUUUUUGAAAUAUUAGCAGUAAUGUUUUUUUUUAUAGCUUCUUGUUUUAGAUCAAAUGGCAUAUUGUUUUUAAUUCCACUUUUUUUUUAUAAUUUCUAUUCAUGUAAAUUUGUUAGACAUUGUGUUAAGUCAUGGAAAAUAAAUGUAGAAGGCUGCCAUAAUAAUAAUAAUAAAGAAUUUGUAUGCAAUAAAAAUAUAAUAUUUUCUUAUUUUUGCACACAAAGAAGAAUUGUAUGCUUUUUAAUAUUUUGGUUAAAAGCAUUAUGUGAAGCAUUAAUUAUAAUAUUCCCACUUUUGAUUUUUCAGUUUUAUUCAUAUCAUUUAUAUUGUAUAGAACAUGGUGAUUUGUGGACAAAUCAAAAUAAUUUUUUUUAUUUUUUUUUAAUAAAUUUUUUUAAAAAUCCAAUCUCAUAUUUUAAUAUAUGGAGUUAUGAUAAUAUACAAAAAAUAAACAGACCAUGGUGCGAAAAAGCUAUACCUUUUUCGUAUAGUUAUAUACAGAAAAAAUAUUGGAAUGUCAAAUUUUUAAAAAUUUUAUUCGACCCAGAUUUUAAGAUAUUUUAUUCAGCACCUAUAUAUUUUAUAUCAUAUCAUAGUAUAAUUAAAUUUUUUAAAAAUAAUAAAUUUUACCCUUUCAAAGCAUUAAUCUUAUAUAGCCCACUAUUUAUGGCUAUAACACAUUUGUUUUUUUUAACAACUUAUAUAUUAUUAUUUGCUCAUAAUGAGAUCAUACUGCGAUUAAUUUUAGGCUGUCCCGUUUUCUACUUACAUUAUGCAUAUUUAUUAAAAUAUUUUAAGAAAUGGAAUUUUCUUUUAUUCAUUAAUUUGUUAUAUUUUUUUGUGGGUCCACCAUUAUUUGGAACAUAUAUAGCUUGGACGUAG